UCUCAAAAUUUGUCCCUGGAUCUGAGGGGCUUCUCCCAACCUUCUUUUCCCCACAGGACCCCCCCAUUCCCACGAUGCUGCCCUGGAGCUCCCGGGCUCUGCUGCUCCUCUGCGCCGGGAUUUUGGGGGGGCUGGGCCUCGCUGCCCCCUCAGAGGAGGAGGAGCUGUGGGAGACCUGGAUGAGGCUGGCGCUGGAUGAGACCCCUGUGGUCCAGCUCCUGGAGGACGUCGCCCACCGGAUGGGGAACGGGAGCAGCCAGGGGGCCGCAGAGCUCCGGGAAGGACACCGGGUUUUCCCAUCCCACCUCCCUCAGGAGCAGGAAAGACCUCGGGAUGUUUAUCCCCGACGAGAGAGUGCCCUGGUCCUUCGGGAGGUGAUGGAGAAGCUGCAGAGGCUCAACCAGAGCCUGGAGCUGAUGCUGGAGGCCUUGGAGGACACACGGAGCCGGCUGGAAAACCACCUGGAGCGCCUCAAGGCCGUUCCCAACCCGGAUGGUCAGAGCCCAAGUGCCACUUCCACCUUCAUCCCCCCCGGCUCCUACUCGGCGCUGCUGGUUCUUCUCCUGGUGCUGGCGCUGCUCUGGGUGAUCCUCCUCCUCCUCCUUUUCCUGGCUUCCCGCGCCCUCGGAAUCCCGGAGCUCUCCGCUCUCCUCGUCCUUGCUGUGGCAGGGCAGCGGCUGGUGGCAUCCAGAGGGAUCCGGCCGGUGGUUUCCCGGGAAAAAAUCCCUCACCGGCUCACCUCCACCCCGGAGAGGGAAUGCGACCUGGAGCUGCUGCAGGAGGAGCUGGACAGGAUGGAGAUGAGCUGCGUGCGAGGUGACCACGCUGUGGGAGAGCCCUCGUACCCGGAGCAGCCCCAGGACAUUCCCGGCUCCGUAGGACGGGUGUCACCUUUUUCUGGUGGCCGGAGGACGACGCGGAGCUCGCGUGGGGCGACGCCGGAGCCGGUCAUGGACACCAGGAAGCACCAGGAGCCCAAUCCCUGCAUCCCGAGGGCCACCACGUCCCUGCUGUCCCCACGCUCCCCGUGCCGGGCGCUCACCAGGGCCGGGCAGCGAUGCCGGAAGAAAGCCAUUCCCGGGAAGGACUUGUGCCACAUCCACGCCUCCGGCAGCAGCUUGGCCAUGGAUUCAUCCCCUGGUUUUGACCCUCCACCCCCUCCCUGAGGGCUUUUAAACCCCCUUUCUUUUUUAUUUUUUUUUUUGGCU